CUCUCGCUGCGCUCGGUUGAGUCAGUCUGUCGGAGUCUGUCCGCGGAGCAGGAGGAGCGAAGGGGCUUCGGAGAGUCAGCUGCCGGAUUAUUUUCUCUCCCCUCCCUCUCUCCCGCCCCACAUCUCUCUUCACCCCUCUCCCGCCCUUGCUCGCGCAGCCAUGGCGGAGCCGUCGGCGGCCACUCAGUCCCCGUCAGUCUCCUCGUCGUCCUCCGGGGCCGAGCCGUCCGCGCCUGGCGGCGGCGGCGGGAGCCCGGGAGCCUGCCCCGCCCUGGGGGCGAAGAGCUGCGGCUCCUCCUGUGCGGUGCACGAUCUGAUUUUCUGGCGAGAUGUGAAGAAGACCGGGUUUGUCUUUGGCACCACGCUGAUCGUGCUGCUUUCCCUGGCAGCUUUCAGUGUCAUCAGUGUGGUUUCUUACCUCAUCCUGGCUCUUCUCUCUGUCACCAUCAGCUUCAGGGUCUAUAAGUCUGUCAUCCAAGCUGUGCAGAAGUCAGAAGAAGGCCAUCCAUUCAAAGCCUACCUGGAUGUGGACAUCACUCUGUCCUCAGAAGCUUUCCACAAUUACAUGAAUGCUGCCAUGGUGCACAUCAACAGGGCCCUGAAACUCGUCAUCCGCCUCUUUCUGGUAGAAGAUCUGGUUGACUCCUUGAAGCUGGCUGUCUUCAUGUGGCUGAUGACUUAUGUCGGCGCUGUUUUCAAUGGAAUCACCCUUCUGAUUCUUGCCGAACUGCUCGUUUUCAGUGUUCCGAUUGUCUAUGAGAAGUACAAGACCCAGAUUGAUCACUAUGUUGGCAUCGCCCGUGAUCAGACCAAGUCGAUCGUUGAAAAGAUCCAAGCAAAACUACCUGGAGUCGCAAAAAAAAAGGCAGAAUAAGUACAUGGAAACCAGAAAUGCCACAGUUACUAAAACACCAUUUAAUAGUUAUAAUGUUGUUACUUGUACUAUGAAGGAACUGCUCAGUGUCAGCUUGAGCCUGCAUUCCAAGCUUAUUUUUUUUUUUAUUUGGUGUUUCCCCUCCUUUCCCUUUACCCGCAGUAUCAAGCACAAGAAUUGUUGGACUAAAAGAAGAACUGAUAUCUUAGAACCCAAAAGAAUAAAGACAGAAUCAGUUUAAUAGGCUAAAUCAGAACCUUAAUGGUGGUGGAGCUUUCACAUGUAGCUUGAAAAAGGCGAAAGAGUCAGAGGUAAAGGAGAAAAUGAAAACACAUCUCCUGGGUUGUUCUAUUUAAUUUUCACGGACUAGUCUUACACAGCUUCCCAUCACAAUUUUGCUCUUAUUUUUAAGUUAAGAAUUAAUGGUUAACUUAUAAAGAAAUUAUCUGGGGACAAGAGGGAUUCCUUCUUUCUGGGGUUGGUGUUUUGCAGCCCUCGACCCCUCUUCCUGCCCCACAGUGUGAGCAGCUACUCCUCAUAUUCCUCUUCUUCACUUAGAGACCUUUCAACUCUAUGGGUAACUCCUGGGUGGUAGUGAUAAUUCCUGGUUCCCAGAAUGCCGUCUGAUCAUCGAGAAUGGAAGCAAAGUGGGGCUGGAGAGGGAGUCAACAGGGGCAUCUCUGUGGCCGCCGCUCCCUCUCUGCUCGUCCCUGGGAAGGGAAAGGCUCCGCCAUUUGGGAAGGUGGUGUCUGUGUCGUUUCUUUUGGACACCAGUUCUGAGCUUUCGUUUGAGAACUCAUUCCUGAAUGUGCUUUCCUCUCUUUUCCCUGCCCACCUCACCUCAAGUUUAAGAAACAUGGUUGUACUUUUAUUGUUAUGAAAUAAAUGUCUGUAACUGCUGUACACACUGCUGUAAACUUGUUAGAGAAAAAUAAUAAUCUGCAUGUGGGCUCCUCA